AACUACGGCUUGGAGACUGAAAAUCUGAGAACGCUCUCCCACAAGCUGAACGCGUCUGCCAAAAAUCUUCAAAACUUCAUCACAGGUAGAAGAAGGAGCGGUCAUUAUGAUGGACGGGCCUCCCGAAGGCUGCCAAACGAUUUCCUUACCUCUGUCGUUGACUUGAUUGGUGCUGCCAAAAAUUUGCUUGCCUGGUUAGACAGGUCCCCAUUUGUCAGCGUGACAGAAUACUCGCUGCUGAAAAAUAAUAUUGUUCAGCUCUGCUUAGAACUCACUACCAUUGUUCAACAGGAUUGCACCGUGUAUGAAACAGAAAAUAAAAUUCUUCAUGUGUGUAAAACGCUGUCUGGUAUCUGUGAUCAUAUCAUCUCUCUUUCAUCAGAUUCUCUGGUGUCUCAGUCAGCUCAUCUUGAAGUUGUUCAUCUUACCAGCAUCAUGCCCAGUGAAGGUUUGGGAAUGUACAUUAAAUCAACCUAUGAUGGACUACAUGUGAUCACUGGGACAACAGAAAAUUCUCCAGCAGACCAAUGUAAGAAAAUCCAUGCGGGAGAUGAGGUGAUCCAGGUCAACCAUCAAACGGUGGUUGGCUGGCAAUUAAAGAAUCUGGUCAAUGCGUUGCGUGAAGACCCAAAUGGAGUGAUCUUAACGUUGAAGAAGCGACCUCAGAAUACUCUUGUUUCUGCUCCGGCACUUCUCAAGAACGUCAGGUGGAAACCCCUUGCUCUCCAGCCUGUGAUCCCAACCAGCCCAACCAGCAGCUUUACCACACCAACCAGCACAAUGGGCAUGAACUCCAAAAUGGACAACUCAACUCUGCAAGAUGUUUUUAUCUUCUCCCCUGUCUCAGGACUCUACGGCCCCAGGGAUGACAUCGGCCUUGUGUCAUGUGAUGAAAUCAGCAAAUACGGGAUUGGGAAGUCUGGAAUGAAAGGUUCGGAAUCUCCAAGCUACUUCUUGGAACAAGAAAGCGGAAAGUAUUACACGUUAGUUGAAGGCGAGGACCAUCCCAUGAGUUCUGAAUACGAAAGAGGUAGAGUGACAGGGGUGCGGAGAAGAGAAAAGACACCUACGCAUGGUGAUCUGAGGCCAGUUUCUAUGCCAACAGAAUACAGCUGGAUAGGAGAUUCAAAAGAGCCAAACAUGUACAAGAGAGGUAGCCGCGAUUCUGAGAACUCACUCCUACGAUACCUGAGUGAUGACAAGAUCUUAGUGAUCCAAGAAGAACCAGUGACCCAAAAAGAUAACAAGCGGGAUACAGGCCGGCGGUCCAGGAAGAAGGGCAAGAAUGGUGGAAGUCCUAAUUAUCCUGUUAGCUCCUCCGUGAUGACUUCGUCUACUAAUGUACGGCUUGAACCCGGACAGCAGGAUGUCCUAAAUUUCUCCUUAGCUGAGAGCAACACCGUCCCCCUCUAUCACCUGGAUACUGGCAAUUUCUGA